AUGUUUUAAGAAGCAGCUUAUGUAAAUCUUAGCUAUAUUAAUUCUAAGAAAAAUUUAGAGAGUUUCUUUAAAUUUCUUUCAAUUCCAACUCAUCAAGAUCUAUUAACAAUUUAAAAAUAUUUAUAAACGUGGUAUUUGAAUUAGGUUGAGAAUUAUAAUUGUCAUAAUUUAGUGGAAGAAUUAUUCCUUAAAAUAGUCAUAAAUGUAGAUGUUUACAAAUUUCAUGCUUAAAAAGUCAUGCUCAAUUAAAAUGUAUAGAUAUUAAAUAGGUAUUAUAGCGAAUGAACUUAGAUCCUAUCAAAUUCAAAGAUCAAUCAAUCUCUGUAUUUUAGCUUCACUAUACAAAGUAAGUAAUACUAAUAAAUAAAUUAUCUAAAUACAAAAAGAAAAGUCUUCUAAUAAACUAAGGUAUCAAUUAAAUGUUAUACAUAUUUAGUAAAAUACGAUUCUAUAUAUAUUCUGAACUCUUUAAACAACUUACAGGUUGGAAAAUUAUGA